UACCGCCGCGACUGCGCUAGGGGUCCCCUGCCAGCGGGAGCCGCGGGCGAAGUUAUGGAUGCAGCCCCCGCCCCCCGCGGCCUGCUCCCGCGGCCCUGCAAAGUGCUGGUGCUGCUGAACCCUCGAGGCGGCAAGGGCAAGGCCCUGCAGCUCUUCCGGAGCCACGUGCAGCCUCUGCUGGCCCAGGCCGAGAUCUCCUUCACGCUGAUGCUCACCGAGCGCCGCAACCACGCCCGGGAGUUUGUGCGCGCCGAGGAGCUGAGCCGCUGGGACGCGCUGGUGGUCAUGUCUGGGGACGGGCUGAUGCACGAGCAGGUGGUGAACGGGCUCAUGGAGCGACCGGACUGGCAGCUGGCCAUCCAGAAGCCGCUGUGUAGCCUCCCAGCUGGCUCGGGCAACGCGCUGGCCGCGUCUUUGAAUCACUACGCUGGCAACGAGCAGGUGACCAACGAGGACCUCCUGACCAACUGCACGCUGCUGCUGUGCCGCCGGCUGCUGGCGCCCGUGGACCUGCUGUCCCUGCGGAUGGCCUCUGGCCUGCGCCUCUUCUCCGUGCUCAGCCUGGCGUGGGGCUUCAUCGCCGACGUGGACUUGGAGAGCGAGAAGUACCGGCGCCUGGGGGAGCUGCGCUUCACGCUGGGCACCUUCCUGCGCCUGGCCGUCCUGCGCACCUACCAGGGCCGGCUGUCCUACCUCCCGGCAGACAGCGUGGUCGCCCAGGCGCCCGCCCCCGCCGCCGCGGGCGGGCAGGACCAGCAGGGCCCCGUGGACGGCCACCUGGUGCCCCUGGGGGCGCCGGUGCCCUCGCACUGGACCGUGGUGCCCGAGCAGGACUUCGUGCUGGUGCUGGCGCUGCUGCACUCGCACCUGGGCAGCGAGAUGUUCGCGGCGCCCAUGGGCCGCGGGGCGGCGGGGUCCAUGCACCUGUUCUACGUGCGGGCCGGCGUGUCGCGAGCCACGCUGCUGCGCCUCUUCCUGGCCAUGGAGAAGGGCCGGCACAUGGAGUCCGACUGCCCCUACCUGGUGUACGUGCCCGUGGUCGCCUUCCGCCUGGAGCCCAAGGACGGGAAGGGCGUGUUUGCCGUGGACGGGGAGCUGAUGGUCACCGAGGCUGUGCAGGGCCAGGUGCACGCGGACUACCUCUGGAUGGCCAGUGGCUGCGUGCCGCCCCCACCCGGCCGGGAGCCUCGGCAGACGCCACCUCCGGGGACGCCGCUGUGACCCCGAGGGCCUCGCUGGCGCCUCUCGCUGCUGCUCGGGCCGCUCCAGACCGGUCCACUGUCUGGGCUGGGGGACCUGUCCACCUGUCACGUGGCCUGGAGGACUCCUGGAGGAGGGAAGUGGACACCCUGUGAAGGACAGCCCUGCAAACCAAGGCCAGAAGCAGGCCCCGGGCAGAAGCCCAGCAGGCUGGGGCCGCCCCGGGAAGGCACGCCUGUGUUCCGGGGGCCCACCCGCGAAUCAGAGCCAAUAAAGUGACAUUCCCGGCCGCUGGUCUGAUCCGGGGGUGGGCGAGAGGGGCUCUUGCUCCUCCCCAGGUCCUCGAGUUCAACUCCAAGGAUGCCCAGUGGUGCCUGCUGAACCGGGUGAUGUGUGGCACUGGCGCCUGGACGUGGUCAUUCCGGCGGCGAGCCCUGGACAGGGUUGGCCCGGCUGCUGCGGGUGACGAGCCGGCCCCGCAGCGCCCCUCUGGCCUGAGGAAGCCGGAGACCGCGGCCCACUGCCCCCGCCGCACUGGGAACAGGAGGCUCCAAGCCGCCCGAGGCCAGUCUCGGCGCAAAGGGACAGCGCCUGAGUGGCCCCAAGGACAUGGACACGGAGCAACACGUCGGACGGGCAGACGGCUGUUCCCCAAAGCCUGCUGUGCCUCCGGGGGGCUCUCGGGCUGCCCCGGCCGAGCUGCCGCCCACCCUCACAGGGGUGUGUUGGGCACCAGUGAGCAGCAGGGGCCCCCACCUGGCCACCCGUUUUGGCUGAAAGCCAGCCAAGUGCUGGGGUGUCGGACCCCCUGUGCCUGGAAGGGGCUGUGCUGGACACACAACGCUGAGGACCAGUCCACAGCUCGGCGCAGAGGCUCUGCAGGGGACCGGAGGCCAGAGCAGCCCGAGGCCCUUAGCCCUGAGGCCCUUAGCUCCGACGCAGGGGCGGGCCGGGGGCAGCCUGGCCAGGCGGGGCCGCCGCCCGCCCCAGGGCCCCUCCCCGGGAGAGGGUGGCGGAGCCCAGGGAAGAAAGGCCACAGAGCCCGGAUGAAUGGCAGAGGCAGGUUUAAUGGUGCCACCUUGACUUUUGUACAUUGUAAUGAGCCAAACCAAAAAAAAUGCAAGUAAAAAAAAGUUUAAUCACACAGCACUUUAUACAGAUGUGGUAAGCAGUGGGCAUUCCCAUCUCCGCGCGGGUGGCGCCGGGCAGCCCGGCCCGCCACGCCGGCGCUUCU